AUGGCGGGAAAGAAUGCGGAGGCCCGGCAGCGGAAGAAAGAGAAACAGUCUCUGAAGGCAAUGAAGAAGGCCAAUAAGGGGACUGACGAGCAGAACAUCCUAGACAUUAUGAAGUCGUUGGAAGACACGCCAGAUCCGAAUGUGGCGACCAGUGGAAAGGCAGCUGCGGCGAUUUUUCGUAUGGCCAGGAGCUCCUUUACCUUCAUCCCGACUAAGACCGGCUUCGUGAUAUUCGGAGGUGAGUUUUACGACACCAAGACGUGCCGCGUUUUCGGGGACACGUACAAGUGGGCUAUUGACAAGGACGACGAGAACCAGUGGAAAGAAGUGGGUCGACCGGGCGGCCCGAAGCCGCGUGUGGGGCAUGCUGCGUGUGUGUAUAACGAUGAGCUAUACGUGUUUGGCGGCGAAUUCGCCACGGCCUACCAGUUCUACCACUUUAAAGACUUGUUCAAGCUAGACAUCAAGCAGGGCCUGUGGAACGUGUUGGACGACGGUUUGUCUCCCCAACAUGGAGAGAAGAGCAAGAGCAAGGCCAAGAGCAAGACCAAGGAGGCAGCGGCCAGUCCCAGUGGACGCAGCGGUCACCGCAUGGCCGCCAGCCGCAACGGUCUGGUGGUCUUCGGCGGCUUCCACGACAACGGCAAAGAGACGCGGUACUUCAACGACUGCUAUAUCUAUUGGCCCGCCAUCCGCCAGUGGCAGAAGGUCGCAGCGGCCUCGAAGGACACGCCUGACCCCCGCAGUGGAUUCAUCAUGGGUACGACCAAUGACGGUGUCCUCAUCAGCGGAGGCUAUAGCAAACUCAAGGACUCUGAUACCGGCGCCCAAGGUACCGUCUAUGAUGAUAUGUGGUGGCUCGACUUGGGCCCGCUGCACAACGCCUCGGCCAAGACGGACGGCAAGUCGGACACGACCGCGGCCGCCAACAACCUGCAGUGGACCCGACUCAGAAAAAAGGCGAUUCCGAGAGCCGGGAUUGCGUCUUGUCAACAUAAAUCGCUCAUCUACGCCUUCGGCGGAGUCAUGGACCACGACGAUGGAGGUCUCACCAUGAAACGGUCUUUCUUCUUCAACGAUAUUUGGACGCUAGACCUAGGUUCCAAGCAGUGGAACCCCCUCAACAAGAAACCCAAGACCUCUCAAGAACCAGCUGUCCUGGAAACGUCUGUGGGCCGAAACUCUCCCAUUCUUGUCGAGAACGCUCCUUCUCCAACUCUGACGUUUCCAACCCCGGCGUCACUGUCCCUGGAGACCCCGGCUCUGGGCUCGUUGGCCGCAGCGUCGGGUGGCCGGCCUCGUUCGGAGCGCAAUGAGCUGGCAGAUGAGAGUAUAGUAAAGGAAAAUGUAGUUAAGGAAGGUGUAGCCAAGGAAAGUGACACCACUAACUCGCGGGACUAUGUGACGGGCUACCGGGUCAAGCGGUGUUCUUUGCAGAAGGUUUUGCUCAGAAUCUCUUUGCUGAAGGAGGCCGAGAGGGCGGAUAAGUCGAAGAAGUCAAGCGGUAAAGCGAAAGAGACUGCGCCAUCCAAGAACAGCUCAUCUAAAGGUAAAGAGCCAGUAGUAAAGGUGGUGGAGACGAUCGAGCUUUCCUCUUCUCCAGAAAGCUUGUGUGCUCCUAUACCCAGAAUCAACGCGUCCAUCGCGGUGCGCGACAACGCUCUGUGGGUGGCCGGUGGCACGUUGGAGGUUUCGUCAAGCCAAAUCAUUGUCUUCGACGACGUGUGGAAGUUCGACUUGAAGCUUGGUUUUUGGAGUUGUGUUGUACGAGGCAAGUACUCUGAGCUCGUGAAGCAAGCGCCCAAGGGCCAAGACGUUGCAGAGAGUAGCGGUGACACCGACGAGGACGACGACAGCGCUAGUGAUGACGAUAGCGGCAGUGACAACGAAAGCGGUAGUGAUACAGACGCUGAGGAAGAUGAGACAUAUUCCGAUGAAUCAUCAUGUGAUUUGGACGACUCCAGCAGUUCCGCGUGUGCGUUGGCCAGCAGUUCGGAGGCAGAGUAG